CACGCUGAGAUACCGACACCAUGCAGUCAGAUGAUGUUAUAUGGGAUACCCUAGGAAACAAACAAUUUUGUUCCUUCAAAAUCAGAACUAAGACUCAGGGCUUUUGCAGAAAUGAGUACAGCCUGACUGGCCUGUGUAAUCGGUCAUCCUGCCCCCUGGCAAACAGUCAAUAUGCCACUAUCAAAGAAGAGAAAGGACAGUGUUACUUGUAUAUGAAGGUCAUAGAACGAGCAGCUUUUCCUAGGCGUCUCUGGGAACGGGUCAGGCUCAGUAAGAACUAUGAGAAAGCACUGGAGCAAAUAGAUGAAAAUCUCAUUUACUGGCCUCGUUUUAUUCGACACAAAUGUAAGCAGAGAUUCACCAAAAUCACCCAGUACCUAAUUCGAAUCCGAAAACUUACACUAAAGCGGCAGAAGAAACUUGUUCCUUUGAGUAAGAAGGUAGAGAGGAGGGAAAAAAGAAGAGAGGAAAAAGCAUUAAUAGCUGCCCAGCUGGACAAUGCCAUUGAAAAAGAAUUGCUGGAGAGACUGAAACAGGACACGUAUGGUGACAUCUACAACUUCCCCAUUCAUGCCUUCGACAAGGCCUUAGAACAGCAGGAGGCAGAGAGUGACUCUUCAGAUGCUGAGGAAAAAGAUGAAGAUGAUGAUGAUGAGGAUGCAGGGAAAAGAGAAUUUGUGGAAGAUGAUGAGGUGGAUGAGAGUGACAUAAGUGACUUUGAGGAUAUGGAUAAACUGGAUGCCAGCAGUGAUGAAGAUCAGGAUGGUGAAUCUUCCAGUGAGGAAGAGGAGAAGGACCAGAAUGCUAAACAUAAAGGCAAAACACCCUUGAAAAAAGGACCUUGGCAGAGAAAACGAGCCUAUGUAGAGAUAGAGUAUGAACAGGAGACAGAGCCCAUGGCCAAAGCCAAAACCACGUGA